AUGGCAUUGUCUGAAACAUCGCAGAAGCUUCAGCCAGUAGCUAUGACCGAUUCUGAUGGUGGCCUCAGCCUUCCAUCAAAUCCUGGAAGUGCCAGUGAAGAAGAAGUUGAACAAGUUGCUGUUAGUAGCCAACUUCCAGGGGAAUCUCAGUGUUGUGAUGCUGAUUGCUUGGAUCGCAUUGCUUCCAUGCCUGAGUACUCCCGGAAAGCUGAUGAGAUACGACAAGCUAUCAAAGAAGAACUUGGAUUGGAGAAACGAAAUGAAUUUCAGUUUCAAGUCCUCAGAACUUGGAUGGCCGGUGAGUCUUCGAAGAGCCAGUCCCAGCGACGAUAUCAGUUUCAAGACUUGCCAAUUUGCCGCAUAGCAGCUUCUGACAUUUUGCAAUGCAACAAGGGCAAGGUGACGAAGCUGACCAAGGAGAUUGUGGAUGGGCGUGUCUCUGCUCCCAGGGACUUGCGCGUUGGAGGUGGCCAGGUGAAGAUGACUCGACAGGAGUCGCUCCAAGUGCAGAAUGCUGAGACCAUGUGGUGCUGGGUCCACAGUUUCUUAGCAGAGCCCCUUGCAGAAGGUGUGGGCAAGGUGAAGUUCGAUGUGGCAACCAAAGUCAAGGAGCUUUUGAAAAUGGAUCCAGUGUCUGGAGUCUUCAAUGCUUCCUCCCUGGAGCCCAGACAUGUGCACCCGAAUGUUACAUUGAGUGAGCUGCUGGACGUUGCCAAGAACUUCCUCUCUCACUUGCAGCCACCGCCGUCCUACAGAACUUGGGUCCGAAUCUACCAUAGAUCUUGGGAAAAGGCUGUACGCUUCAGAGGCGAAAACCAGCAUAGCAAGUGCAGUGUCUGUGAAGACAUGAAAGAGUACAAGCGACAGGCUUCGACUCUGUCUGAUGCCAAUCUGGUUGCCAAUGCUUAUGUCCAGCAUCUCCACUUGAUGCUUCAAGACAGGAAGGCCGAUGCAUUCUGGAGACAGAUCGGUUUUGACAGUGUGAAGAGUGGAGUUACCUUUCUUCAUGAAGGAGCAUCGACAUGGCUCACAAUGACAAUUGAUGGCAUGGACUGUGCCAAGUUCAAAGUACCGUUGAACAUCAGUCAAAGCAAACUGUUUCAAAGGAUGCAUCGCCCAGAGAUGAAACUGAGCCUGGUUGUGGUAGAUGGACUGUUGGAAAUCUACAAUUUGAUGAACCACGACAUUCCUACAACUGCCAACUUGGACAUCUCUUUGAUCAGUGAUGCCAUGCUGUUGUGCUACAACCGUCUGCAUGCAGCGGGACUUCAAUUUCCAAAAGACUUGAGGGUCCAUGCGGAUAACUGUACAUCAGAGACCAAGAACCAGGUGGCAUUCAAGGCCGGAGCCUUCAUGAUCUGUCAAGGUUUCUUUGACGUCAUUGUUUGGAGUUAUUUCCAGACAGGGCAUUCCCAUGGACUCCCUGACCAGAGAUUUUCUGAAGUACGGCACCUGCUGUUCCAAGAAUCGACGUUGCAAACACCUUCCGAUUUUGUCAAAGUCUUGGAGAAAGUCAAACCUAGACAACAGAGAGAGUUGGCUGUUCAGAGAGUGGAGUGUAUGGAAGACUGGAACAAGUUUCUGGAGCCAUUGGAAAUUACCCUCCACAGCCACAACACUACACGUCGAAUGAAACAAGCUGGGCAGCAUGCGUGCCACUAUUUCCUCAUGGUGACUCGGGAGAAGUAUGCUCAAUUUGGAGAUGUUGGCAUGGUGGAAAACUUUCAGGAUGAGCCGCCCAGCCCAAAGGAUGUCGUGCUGGUGCUGAAAUCGCAUUUGUCCUCGGAUGACAUCUCACAGAAACCUUUUGUGUUUCUACCGGCUUCUGCUCUUCAGAAUCUGCAAGGUUGGCCAGAGUACACGGUUCAACUGAACAAAAUGUCCAAGGAGACUGAAAAAGAACUCCGGAAGACCAUAGAAAAGGUCACCCAACCACCAUGGCACAUGAAGGCGGCUGCUGAAUACAUUGAGCAACUCAUUCGCCAAUCGGGGUGCCAUCCACAAUGUGUUCGUGACUCUCACCCACUGGAAGAAUUGAAAGCGAAGCUGGCAGAUGGAGAAUCCAAGCCAGAGCCCGGUGUGUUCAAGGCAUCAGACAUGGACUUUUGGAAGACGGACCCUGCGAAAGUGGAGGUGAAGAGAGCGGCAAAGAAGAGAUCUGCAGCGAAGUCUAAGGCAGCUGUGCCUGUGAGUGGCGCCCAGCCUUCACAUGCAGCGGUUGCAAUCGACCUUCCCAGUGGAAACGAGGAUGAAGCUGCUCCUGCUGCAGGACCUGGACUUCCAGCUGGCCCGAGGCUGGUUGAGGACGAUGAUGUUCCAAUGUCUUUGCCGAGCCCAGCCGAGAGUAUUCAUGAUGAAGACCCUGGGCAUGGGCGUGGGCGUGGGCGUGGCAGGGGCCUCAAGAGGCCUGCUGCAGCAACAUCAAAAUCUGUGCCAAAGAUGAAAAAGCCAGCGGCGGCUGAGUUGAGGCUAGCUGCACCGGCAGCAUCAGAUGCAGCUCCACCAGCAGAUGCAGCCCCACCUGCAGAUGCAGCCCCACCUGCAGCAGCAGGGGCUGAUGAGCCACAGGAGGGUGGCAGAGUCCUCAAGAUCCGUGGAGCGUUGCAAGUUGUGCUGGAGGAAGGCAUGACAUUAGCUAUGCCGGCUGUUCAUUCAUCGCGUUUGUGUGAUGAUGAUGUGGUCAUGGUUUCCAGUGAUGAUGACCUAGAAGACAAUGUGGAGAUUGUUCCAACCAUUUCACCAAGACAUGGCCAUCCAGAUGAUCGUUUUUUUCAUUUCAUGGAGAUCUACAGCCCCUUCAGGGUAGCUGCAAGCAUCCACAAAAUGGGAAUGGCUUCAGCUGCAAGCCUGGAUGUCAUCAAUGGUUGCGACUUACUCACGACAGAUGGAAGGAUGAUAGCCCUAGCACUCCUGGCCGAAAGACGGCCGAUGUUCUUGAUGACAUCUCCUCCUUGCACAAUGUACAGUGAACUGACCCGCCUUUGGAAUGCUGCCAAGAUGAGUUGGGAAGUUCGUGCCCUUCGACAACGUGAUGCGGACCACAUGUUGAAGUUUGCCUUAGAGAUGUGCCGUAUACAGGGCAAGGCGCUGCAAGAGUUGCCAAUCGGCACUGAAAGAGUUGCCAAUCAUAAGGCGCUCCUGGUGAUCAACUCUGCAGACCAGUUCAACGGCAUUUUUAAAGGCGGACCCUUACUUCGCAAGCUGCGGUACCAAUGGAACAAAGUGUCUCCUGCUGACAUGGUGCCGUUGCAAAGAGCGCAAGAAAUUCAUCAAAGAAGUUUUGUUACGUGCUACUCGGUCGACCUGGUGAAACCCAAACACCACCAUCGCAUGCACGUGCCUCAGGCCUUUAUCAAAAUGUCGCUUGCGUUGCAAUGUGAAACGCAUGAGUCGAAGCAUCGCAAUUACAAACAUGGUUUGGCAGAACGUAUGAAGUCGACCUCCCAAGAUGGCUUCCAGAAAAGCAUGUUGCCCAGAUUACUCUCCAACCAGGCAAAUCGAGUUCAAGAACAACCACUGGAACCCUUGAAGCUGGUACCGCCAUUCCAAGAUGCAGCACAGGUACUCAAAGAUUUGGCCAGAGAUCAAGGCCUGAAGACCGUGAAAGCUUUGCGUUACUACCAGUCCACUGUGCACCCUGAUGACAUUUUAUAUCUUGCAGAUGGAACAGCAGGUCUGGUGCAAACGAUCUUAGCUGGACAUGAAAACUACUUUUGGCUGCACAGGUUGCAACUUGUGAGAACUCACAGAUGGGGAAAGGUGUGGAAAACGUCCAGCCAAUAUCAUCUAAUGCCAAUCCUUGCACAAACUUGGACACAGCCGCCGUGGUGGCGAUGGGAUCAAGAUCAAGUUGCUUGCUUGCUGUGA